UUGUUUUUCCUCUUUUUUUUUUCGCGAGUAGUCGUGUCCAAUAUGGCGUGCGUGUUGUGAGCGAUGUUAACGUGCAGGUAGCCUCCUGCUCUUAGUACUUGGACAGAUUUCUGCGAAUAAGGAGAACGAUGUAAUCACAAGAAAAUAAUAGCAAAACGAUGUACAAUGAACUACAGUGGAAAUAUGCCAGAUUGGCAUCAGUAUAAUUCCCCGCAAUCAGGAAUAAAUGACGUAACAUCGACCGCUCAAAAUGUCAAUUCCGGACACUUAUCGUUUAUGCCCAGUAUUAAUUCGACCUGUCCGACGCAGUUGAAUGGCCUGAAUCUCAGUUCAGACGGACUUGAGAAACAUCAAAACGAUCCCAAUUUCAAUCCGAGACAUCACUUUCAGCCGCAUCUGCCGGGCAACAUCUCGCACGGUCACAAUGCCGCCGACAGCAAUCCCCUGGCAUCGAUGGUGCAGAUGCAGAGUUGCAUUGGCCACUAUGGGCCUUCGAAUACGAGAAAUCCCAUGGUGGACAAUCUAAAUGGUCCUAUGGACCCAAGGAAUGCCGCGAUAGGCGGUAUAAACGAGGAGCUAGGCUAUAGAAACAAUCAGGUGCCUUUAAACGGGCCUAUCUCGCACAUGAAUGGACCAAACGUAAUGAAUAUGAAUGCGCCACACGCGUCAAUAGGACCACGAAACACCAACGUAAAUUCGCACGUCGCUAAUAGAACGGGACCCCCAUCUUUCGUUCCCUGCAAGGCACCGUGUUGUAAUUCGGAUCCUAACGUGAGUUAUCAGCAAUGGGAGAAGUACUGUUAUCAGAACAACGCUUACAGGGAGAACAUUCGUUCGUCCGCCGGCUACCAAGCGGACGCUCGACGAUUCGGAGGCGAAUAUAAUUUCAGGAAGGACAAUUUUGAUGGCAAAGAGGUUCUGCCGUCUGGCAUGGUGCCACCAUCUAAUGGAUCCAACACGAAGCAUCGCAAGGACCGCCUGCUCUCCCGCAGUUACCCACCACCCUCGGGCAUGUUGCAGAACUACAACCCUAUGCAAAAUUAUAAUUACACGGGAGAGUAUCAGAAGUAUCCUUACAAUGUUAAAGAGUAUUCCAAGAUGAGCAGCAUGAACGUGCUGAAUCAGGGAAUGGUCAAACAUCCGGAGCAGGGCUUUAACAUGCCUCAACAAAAGUACAACAACAACAAGCAAAUGCCGUAUCAAACCGGCGGUGCCAUAAUGCCGACCAACAUGCCGUCCACAAGUGUUCCGAAUCCGAAUAUGAUGCCACCCGCGCAGAACACUUAUUUUAAUUCACAGUACCCGCGGAAUCUAUCGACAGAUGCUUCGCACGAUUGUCAGGAGGUCACCGAUAACGCAUCUAUGAUGAACAGGAUGCAGUCGUCUGCGACUAUGCACCCCCCUUCCCAUCCGCGAUAUCAGCAAACGUAUCAGCAGAAAAUAAUGAUGCAGCGAUACUCGUUGGAGCAUAAUCUGAGAGAGUUUUCAAAGAUAUCCGGGUAUCAAUCGCAUCCCAAAUAUAAGGAAUGUGUUCAUAGGUAUAGAGAAUUAUUGAAAUCACAGCAGUCCGUCACAUAUCCAGGACAGAUACAGCAGCAGACUCCGUGCGUCGCCACAUCGACCGUUAAUACCCCUGCCAUGCCAUCGAUAAACUUGCAAUUCGAUAUGAAUGGUGUUUUAAUCAAUACCAAUUAUAUGCCCGAAGCUUUUUCCAGGAUGCAACAAACGGUAAAUUCUCAGGCGCCGAUGAACAAUCCGGUGGACAAACAGGGCAAGCAGGACGGCAAUAACGUUCCCAACGAAAUGGCGAAUCAUAACGUCCAAAAGCCGGAACAACUAGUCUCGCAGCAACACAACGGUCAUGCGACCGCUCUGUGCGCAGAAGGCAUGCAGAAGCAAGAUCGAUACCCUGCGCAAAAGAGUCUCGCUCAAAAUCACUUUGAGGUCCAAAAAACGGGAAGCUUCGAUAAUUUAGCUGGGAAUGCGAGCAACGCGGCGACGGCUAUGCAACAAAAAAUAUCCAAAGAGUUCGCUGACAAGCCAGAGCUCGACGUACGGCAGUUUCUCGCUAACUGGGAUGAAUCGGAGGACGAAGACGGCACAGGUGCCAACCAAAUGACACAGUUACCGAACGCCGUUCUGAGCGACUCGACACCGGUAGUGGUCGUGGGCUACGAGAACGUGGAUCUCUCGGCAAAGACGUUGGAGAAUCUGGAGGUCUCCAAACCGGGGGAGAAUGUUAUCACCUCGAGCGUGAUAACAUUUGAGUCUGCGGAGAACGUCAAGAUCGCGAAGGAUCCGACGUGCAAGGAAAUCACGAAGGAAACUCUCGUGCGGCCGGGUGGCCAUAUCAUACAGUGCAUAAGCAACGGGCCUGACGAGGUACCGACGAUACAUAUAGUUGACAAUCUGGAAAUAGGUAGCAUCUUGCAGGUCACCAAUGGUCAAGUCACCGAAACUUUGGAGAGACAAGAUGCAGUGCCGUUCUUCCAGGGAACGGAAGUCGAGGCGGCCGCGAUAACUCUCGAGGCUGACAAAUUCAAGAAGACCGACGGCGACACGACUGAACCGGCCGCGACCACAUACAGCACCGAAACGCUUGAAAACCUGAAUAAGAAGAAAUACGUCGUUGAAGAUCCCUCUCCACCUAAAACAGUAGAGAAUACGUCGCAAACGUCGCGAGCAGCUGAUCAGGGAAUCGCUGUCCUGCCUACGUCCACGAAGGAUUCGACCCGAGACGCGAAUCUGAAGAAGCAGAGCAGUUUUGCGAGCGAGGAAUCUCAUAAUCCGGACGAUAUAAGUUUGCCAGACCUGCCCACGUCUGAGUGCACGCCGAUCUCCACCACGCUGAACACGCCGAUCCAUUCUGACAACGAGGAAUCGUCGGAGCGCGUCGAGGAUCUCACGAUAUCGACAAAUCCGAUCGAGAUAAUACAGAACAGUCCCAUGAUCAGUUUCACGCAAUCGCCAACGAAGAGUGAGCCUUACGAUCACUUGAACGAGGAAACCGUCAGGGAUAAACCGACCGAUUCGUUAGGAGACAAAUACCGGACGGAAAGUCAUUUCAAAAACAACGGCGAUGAUAAUAAUAUGCUCAGUCAUGAUGGCAUUCUUGAUACAUUUGAAUUUUCCACAAAUACCGAUAAGAAUGAUUCUACGACAAGCGGUAAAGAACACGCGAAUGAAAUUUCCGCCUCGGCAAAUAACAGUGAAAAGAUAUUUGCGCACGGUGACGAAACGGAAACUGUGGAGGCCACUAACAUGCAUAUGACUCUGACCUCUGGUGAGUAUGAAUUAAAGAUCGUGUCAACAGGAAAUAAAUCGGUGCAUACUUAUAAAAACUUAAUAAGCGAGCAUCGCGUUAAUGAAUCUCAAGCAGCAAAUCUAAAUGCACCUCAGAAAAAGUCAGAAACGAAUGCAAAAAUCACGUCGCGGUAUUGCGAAAAUUCUACGAAAAUGGAAAACGCGUCGCAAAAUGUCACGCAUAAUUCUGACUCCGUUGAAUUCGACGGCGGUCAAGAUGAUGUCAGUUAUUCCGGAAGAAGACGCGCAUCGACUGAAAUGGCUCAUCAAACAGCAACGAAUAGGGUAAAUUUGUCACCGACGAACGACACUCCAAGGAGUUCUAGGACAAAAGAUGUUAAAAGUAAUUCAUCCACAUCACACAGUGCGAAAUAUCUCAGUAGCGAUAAGUUGAGGAAAUCCGAGGCAUUAUUCGCGAAAGAGGAUUUUGCUUCGGAGAAGAGCGCCAACGGUAAUAGAUCAACAAGAAUCGAUACGAAGGACCUGAAAAGUUCUCGGCAGUCGAAAUUUGCGGAUCACUCGAAGGCGAUGUCUCACAAAAAGAGAUAUUUAUCGGAGAAUAUGACACAGAGGUGCGGCGAAACUAUCAUACAUCACAAUAAACAUACUCAAGAGACGGCAGCGCAUAAAGACAAAUCUUGUACUGUCGAAAAUCCUAAAGGAUCCGACAGUAAUUCGCAUAAUAAACCGAAAGUGAUCGAAAACGUUAGCGUCGAUGGCGCAGAAAGAUUGCGGCUUCUAAAGGAAUACAGAAGAAUAAAGUACAAAUCACUUAGCAUUGGCGAGGUCAAUGAUAAGGCUAAGGAUACGCAGGAGGCCUCUGAUUAUGUAGCGAGUAAGAAAUAUCGUCGUUCGUCGAAUCCUGACGAGCGAUCCGCGACACAGUCACCGUGCGAUAAUCAGUUGUAUCCGAAAGACGUUGCGAGAUCUAAGUCGUCGGAGGAGCAGGAGACGAAGCAUGCGAGCACACGUAAGACUUUCGUAACUAAGAAUGCAAACACUGAUUUUGCCAUUCAAGUAACAAACGUCAAUCUGAAACGCAAGGAUGAUGAUCACCAGAAAGGGAUGCAGAAUUUGAAGGAAGAGACGAAAAGCGGUGGUUCUCUCGAUGGGAUCAAGAUCGAGAUAAAUGUAUCCUGCACGGAACGGAACACAACGGAGAAAUUGCUGCAUGAGAAUAUCAAGAAUGCUGUCGCCGAGACAAUCGGCCACUUGACUAGCUCGAUCUCAAAUGGAGCACGAUCGAAUUCGGCGAGUGUAACGGAAAUUCAAUACGACAAGAAGAUGAUUAGCGAUAAAGCGGAUCGUCGGGAUUAUGAGAAGCGUAGUCGAUCACCGUCCAGUGUACCGGAAGUGUUUGCGUGUAAUGAAACUCACGAGGAUCGCGACGAUACGGAAAUAAAACUCAAAUCAGUGAUUGCAGCCAAGGAGGAUACGAAGGGCGAGACGCUUGUUUCAAAGAAGAGGCGAAGUUCAUUGUCGGAACAAGAAUUGAUCAAUGAUGUAUAUGAAGAUAACGGUAGGUUCUUGAAUAUUUGUACAGAAUCGCCUAGUUGCGAUGUGAUCUUACAAUAUGAUACUCUUUCAGGUAAUACAGACUCUGCGCCAACAUCGAGUGCCUUGAAAACUUCAAGAUCGGAGCAUGCGACAGUCAGAAGGAGAAGUGUACAUCAAGAUGCGGAAAGAAAAGUUCCUACCACCAGCUUCUGCGACGAGGAAUUGAAAGCCUCUUCGGAUAACUCGCCACAUUCAGGAUCGAGGAAUGGCAACGUGCAGAAGAAGGAGCAUCAGGAAAUAGUUGUCGCUUCUUCGUGCAGAAGCGCAAGACAUUUUCAAGACGAUGCUACGUCUAGAAGCGCGGUUCCGUCGACUUCCUCAGGUACGGUGGAACCCAGCAUGGAAGUUGCCAGUUACGAUAAUCCCGUGCAUCUUGAUUACAAUCACUUUGAUGUUGCUCCGAACGAAAUUGCGGACGUCGGCGACAGGCAUGCCGACAAAUGGAAAAGACCAAAGAGAGACGACGGUAGAUUCGGCAACUUCGACCUGUACGAAACUACCAGCGGCUACGUGAACCCGACCUUUUUCAGUGCGGACGAGUCAGAGAACUUAAAUACAGUUCCUGUGUACACUACCAAAGACGGAAAGAUAACUUACAGUCCUAAUCCUCGUACGUAUCGCGAGCUGAUUAUGGAGACUCGCGUUAAAGACGGUUACGGUAACCCUCACGAAUCAUAUUUUGCGAAAUCUCCGUCAUAUGAUUACUACAAUUGCUCUAAGUUACGAAAGGUAUUCAAGAGAAAUCGCGAUGUUAGAAAGAAAGAGGAAGAGAUCGAUAGUAAGAGAGAAGUUGACCCUGUCGAUGCCAAGCCUGUGGCAAAACAUGUCGAUUAUUUGCAAAGUAAAAACACUGCUCAUAAAAGCGCUAACUGCGCGAAGAUCCGAGGUACGUCGCAAUUGGAGUUCUUCAAUGAUGACGCGGACAAGUACGUAAACAAGAGUAGUCAGGAGAGCACGGAAAAUACCAAGAAGAAUAUCGUGGAUUUGGAUUUUCUUGAAAAGCAAUACAAAAGCGUACACUUAGACAGCGAACCCGUGGCCGGCGUUAAUCAUUGCAAGUCGAAAGGAUUCGCGGACCCUCUCGAAUACGAAAAAGGAUAUAACGAAAGCUCCGUGUUCGAAUUUCGUGAUUUGAAUUUAUUUGUGGAACCAAAGGUUGCAUGUUGGGAAGAAACGAUGGAAUCAAUUAAAUCAUAUUCCUCUCACAUCGGCAGGAGAAACAAUGAUAAUGUUAAGGAACUAAAUUUCAGCGAAAUAUUUACCGCGCAGAAACGACUGGAUUCCUUUCCAUUUUUGCUUCCGGAGCAAGAUUCUUCCGACAACGGCAAUCUUAAGGCGAAUUGUGACGUGAUAAAUGAGCCAACGUUGCAUCACACAACGUGCAAUUAUAUCGAUGAUCUACGUUCAAUUCAAGAUGACAAUUUGCGAUGUGAACAACCGGACACUGCUUGCUGUAAUGAGCAAGAAAAUGGAUGUAAUAAUCAAGACAAUGCGUCAGCAGACAUUAAUGAUAAAUCGAUAAGCACGCUUAAUACGUCAUUGAAUAUGCAAAAUAAUGAUGAACAUACAAAAAAGGAAGAAUCUAAAUUUGAUGGAAAUGAAGAACGAGAUUGCGCAAUUGAACUUGAAAGGGCUCGAUCGUGUUCUCCUAAAAUAAUAGAUGAGAAAAUUCGCGAUUCAGAAAGACAAAACCAAUGUUCUAUGAAUUAUGAUAAAGACAAAAAGGAGGCCUCAACGGAACAUCCAGUGGAAGACGAUUCGAAACUACAUUGCACAGGGUCUUCAAAGGAAGAUAAAUCCAAUGCUGAAAUUGCAAAUACGAAAGAGAUUACCAAUGAAGAUUUUGCCAAAAUUGCGAGUCCGUCUAAAUUAAAUGUCGAAUCUAAAGAUUCACUUAAUGAAGCAAAAAAUAUGGAAGUUGUACAAGAGUCCGUGCUUACUUCGAAUGAACGAGAUGAUGAAGUCAAUGAUUCGGUGAGAGAUGAUAAAAUCAAUAAUUUGGUGAGAGAUGAUAAAAUCAAUAAUUUGACAAAAAAUGAGUCAGAUUCUGCCGUUAAUCAGGAGGAAACUGUACAUCAACAAAUUUCAUCAACCUCAAUCGAUCGAAAACACGAAGAAGAAACUGCGCCUGCAAUGGAAUCCAAUGUUUCGGCCGAGAUUAAUGUCGAUCAAACGGGUGAAUCAGACGCGUGUAACGGAGAAAAUUCUGCGGUAUCUAAAGAAGACGAACCGAGUGCUUCGCAAAAUCCAUCCGAUGUCGCAUUUGUGGAACAAACGCUCGACGAAAAAGGCAACGAGCAACAAUCGGGAAGGCCGGAGAACGAUGAACAGAUAACUAAAGUCACAUUGAAGGAUCAAGGAAACGACAAAGUGGACACUUGUUCCACGAUAAUAUCUACACCAGUCACUGCUUUGGACUUACGAACGGAAGGAAACGUAUGCGAUUUAUUCGUAUGUGAGAAACGCGAGCAAAAUAUAUCGGAGUUUACUGUUAUUAAGAGCAUCAUUAAAGGCGAUAAGCAGCAAGGUCGACAACCAGAGACGAACGAGAAUCUCAAGAAUUGCGGCAGCAUAAUUGAUUCCAAGUUACUGUGUAUGGAUUCUUCCGAUUGCGGGAUUUAUGUAGAGGACAGAUGCGCGCUAACGCAAAUUUCCGAGCACGAUUUCACGGAAGAGGAUAGCAUGGUGCCGAUGGUAUGGGAGACGAGUCAGAUCCAGGAGGACGCCGUUAAUCGUUUGUGCAACAUCGACGAGGCAUCGAUUGAUUUUACGGGUGCGGUUAACUCAUUCCAGGAUAAUUCGCUCUUAGGCCAUCUGUCCCUCUCAAGAAUGUCAACUACCAAGGACUCUCAAGUCGCGGUGGUAACCACUGAAAUUGAAAACAAGGUGAUUCAUGAGUCCAUGCCAACGAUCGAAUCAGUGGCAGCGAUCGGGGACGAAUCUAACGCAACACCGAACAACGACGAAAACAAGGAGCAAAAUCAAAUUUCUUCCAGUAACUACGAGAAAAUAACGUACUUGCACGCGAUGGAUUGCAAUGCUAACACAAAGAUGGUUCCUAAAAUUGUCAUAAAGAAAAGCGAGUCUAGCUCAAAGUUCGUUACGAAGGUGGGUUCCUCUUCCAUUACACAGGAUAGCAUAGCUAGCAAAUCAGUCUGCCAUCCGAAGAUACCAAAGAUGAUCAUCAGAAACGUGAGAUCUCGUCCGGGGACCCCGUCUAUCGAGGCAGUUCACGAAGAAACUCCUGCUCAAGUAAAUAUCUCGGAUCGGAUCUUGCUCACGAACGAGGACUUAUGCGAGAACAAUUCCGAAAGUUCUGUGUACGAGUCGAGUAAUUAUGGGAAUAAGAGUCUCAAGAUUAAGAUUAAAUUGGACGAGAAGCACUCUAAUAAAAUAUCAAAAGCUGAUGAUACCGCGGAGGUUUGCCUUAAACGCAAAAGUAUUAAGAAGACUAUACCAAAAGUGAAAAUAAAAAGUACCUCGAGGUCCGAUCUUGCGGAUGAUUUGAUUUGCAACAGUAUGACUUCUCAAAAUUCGAGAGAUUUGGGAAAAUAUGAGGAAAAGAUACCUAAAUUGAAAUUGAAGAAACAAGAAAGGAUCAGAUCGUUAUCUCCAGAAGUGACACGUAAGAGACAGAGCUCGAAUCAUUCAGAAGUGCCGGUCAAGAAAUCCAAGAGACUUUGCGUCUCAUCGGGACGCGAUGAUGAGACGGAACAUUCUACGAAACGCAGCAGUUCCUCUGAUUCAACGCGAACGAACGCGUCGGAAUGCGAAACGAAAAAGCCUUUGAUACGUAUGUCUGAGAAAAUUCCCAAGGUAAUCAUCAAGAGAGCGUCGGCCAGCGCAGAAUUCAAAUGCGAACUGAGUAAGAGUUGCAAGAACGUUAUCGCAAAGAGCGCGAAGUGGCAACCGGAGGUCAAGCUAGAAAGGCACGACAUCCUGGACAAAAUGGUAAAGGAUUUAAAGCUAACUCUGUCUCCCAUUACAUUACGAGCUAUCGAUAAAAUGUCUGCAAGUCGCAAGGACGGUCACAGAAAACAGAGUGACUACAAACUGUCCAGGUCGAAUUCAACGUCCGACUUACUUCCGGCCAAGUAUAAGCAGAGAAGACUGUCGGAUUACGAUUGUAAGAAAAUCAGCGACGCGUUGAAAAUUGAUGUGAAUUUUGCGCCGUUUCCAGAUAUAUAUUCUGAAGAUACUAAGAUGUGCACCACGCCGAAGAAGAAUUCAGCCAGAGGUUACAAGUCAACUAACGAAUGUCGAAAGGACAAUAAAUGUAGAUCGAGAUCUCGCGACAAUAAUCCACAAUCGGAGGCGGAUGUUACUUCGUCCAAUAAAGGAAUCGAUCAGUCGUCUGAAACAGCUAAUUCACAGAAAACUACCUCUCAAUGCGAUAAGCACAAGACUGAUAGUUUUGAUAUUGAUAGCGAACAAACGGUGAAAGCGGACGAGGAUUCAAUUUCAAAUAAAAUGGAUCAGAGGAAUACUCUCGCUAAGCAUUCAAAUGAUUCCAAGUUCACGUUAAAGGAACUGAAGACACCAUCAAAGUUAGAUAUCUGUUUCGUGAAAUUGUCUGACCUGGGCGAAACAUCAUCUGAAAAAGUCGAAAGUUUACGAGCUAAUAAGGAGCAAAGAAAGAAUGCCGAUUCUUUUUUGAGCAAAGACGACGAAGUUUUGAUAAACAGAAAACGUCUGAGUUCCACCGACAUGGACAACGAUUAUACUCUACAGGAUAACACCGACCUGCUUAAGGACGACUCCGCGAGUAUGCUGGAUAAUUUUGAGGUAAACAACAGCACUGUCAUUAAAAUCGAGUCUUCGGACGAGAGCCAGUCGACUAUAGAGAUCCUGCCUGCUUCGCCGGAUAACAGUCGCAGUGAAUUGGAGAGCCAUAUGGUCGAGGAUGGCGACAGCGAGCAAUUGUAUUCGGCAGAUGCAAUUCCGACCCAGUUUGAAUUGGAGUUAGAGAUCACGGACAACAGUAACACAGGUAUACUGGAUGUAUCCAUGCCGAAACUCGAUCCUAUGUAUUGUAGUCCACGUCGCACAUUUGAAGAGUCGAGCGAUCAAACCGCGAAGUUAGAACAUGACAAAUUCGAGGUUUCCUCUCGCUCACUCGGUAAAAAUAAACGCCUCUUGGACAUUGAUAUUAAUGACGAUGAUAGAUCUAAAUUGGAGAACAGCUCGGCUAGCUCUGUGGGAGAGGUUUCUUCGAAAGUUCCAUGUUGCAAGGCAGUGGGUUUCGCUGCGACGAGGGAAAGCUUCUGUUGCAACGACUCUUUGAUAAAAGAAGUUUUGGCGGCCAAAGAAACCUUGAAGAAGUGCCUUUCAAAAUCCAGAUACGAUGUACAAAGCAGCGCGAUAGAUAAUACGAGACCGAAGACAGCCGCGGAGAAGAAGCAGGGCUCGAGUUUCAACAUCAACUGCUUCUCGAAAGCGCUCUCGAGUGCGCCACAAGGCUGUCGUACGCCUUCGACAAACUCCACACCCGUGGCAAAUAAACACAAAAAGACUGAAAAUAUAUCUAACGCCGAGAAGUCUGAUAAGAAACAUUCCAAACAUAGUAAAAGUUCCUUCAUGAAAAAGAAAUCGAGAUCAUCUGAGAAAAACGAAACGGAUUCUAAAAAAAUGGUAAAAGACACGCCUGAAUGCAAUACAAUAUCCUUGAAAACGUUUAAACAAUUCGAUCAGGUUGUGUCGAACAAGAACCCAACUCGUACCGUACACUUAAACGAGAAAAGAAAGAAUCCAACUGACCAAAGAGACGAUGCUCCGCAUCGAACUCCGCAGCAGAAAGAAAAGAAUCGACUGUCGUCUUACAAAAUUCCUAAAAUAUCGAGGUCCAACGAUCAGAAGAUUAAUACGUGCGUUGAAAAGGAAGUCAAGCCGAAGGAGGAUAACAUGCCGAUAUUACAGCCUGAGGUGAACGUAAAUUUCGAUGCGAAUUCAGACAGAGAGAACUCUAGAUCGCCGCCGGUCAUUACAAUUCAGGACAGUGAAGAUAUCGAUAUAGCGGAAUCCAAAUUGAUAGACGAUGAAGUUAUAAUAUCAAGCAUUAAAGUUGAGAGUGAUACGAAGGACGUUCAUAAGAAGAGCGAGAUGUCCAUUGUCGAUUUCAUAACUCAAUUAGCUUAUCAUGAAAAGGCAACGAUAAAGCACAGACGAUACUGCAAUCUGUGCGAAAGAUGGUUCCCUACAACAUCGCGGCAUCGACGGCACUUGGCUGGAUACCAACAUCGUCACAUAGAGUUGACACAACGUAGAAGUAUUCACGCACUGUUCACACUCUUCACGGGCAAGCCUUGCCCCAGGCUAGUACCGGCGAAUGUUGUACGAAGUGAUUGCUCCGUAGGUGAAUUAACGCCUUUACAAAUUGCGGUACAGGAUGUCACAAAGUGUUUCGACCAUACACAGGAAAGUCCCAAGAAAGAAAAUAUUGAUAAAUAAUCGCGAGUAAGUUAUUUGAAUUACAUGUAUAUAUACAUAUAUAUACAGUUACUGUGAUUAUAAUAACGGCUUACAGUGCAAUCUUCUACAAAUGUUGUUUGCAAAAUGAACGAUAAAUGAUACGAAUAUUUUAUAUCGCAGCUGAAUCAUACAUUAAAUUCAGCUGCCACUGUUAAUGGCGUGAGCAUCGAAAUUUUAUCUGCUAGAUAAUGUGUGAACGGCUUUAAAAGUUUGCUGAUUUUAGCUAAGUCAACCGAUGCGAGUGAUCAUUAACACAAAGAGUUACCCAAGGAUUACUUCUAGCUCGCAAUUAGAUGUAGCCAAAGAUUUUAACAGAACUAAAUGAUACACGUUCGAUUGUUUACACUUUUCAAAAGAGACUCUGGUCUUUUAUUUGUACAAAGUUUUACGAGUGAUGUUCAGCCGCUGAAUAUGCUCACACUGCGAAUUUUUAUUUAUAUUAUAAAGAGAUAUGUAAUAUAUAUAUAUAUAUAUAUAUAUAUAUAUAUAUAUAUAACAUAUAUAUAUAUAUAUAUAUAACACGUAGAUAGAUAAAUACACACGUACAUAUGGAUAUAUACAUAUAAUUAAUUCGUCAUUCCAGUUUGCAGAAGUACACUGGCAACAUUAUAUUAAUAUGUAUACGGUUAAAAUUGUGUAAAAAAAAAGAAAAAAAAAUACGUUUUAUGGUACAAUCUCUGAUAAUAAGGAUAAUGGGCAAGAAAAAAAGAGAAACAUUCCAAUAUUAUAUAUAUGUAUAUAUAAAUAUAUAUAAAAAAAUCUGAGCUAUGGGAUAUUAAAAUAAUUUAUCUUGCGUGAAAAGUUUACUUAACCAUUGUUUGUGAUUUCUAUAUUUUAUCGAUUUGUGAUAUUCUCACUGUGCUGGUGUCGAAUGCACUUCAAACGGCUGAACUUUUUCCUUCGUUAUUCGCUUAAAUGUUAUUGUUCAAUUUUAUUUGUAAUAUUUUAUCUACAUGUUAUUUUAUUUGUAUAUUUUAUCGAUGUUAUUUCAAAAGUAACAAUAUUAAAUCGUGUAUUGUAAAACAUGAAGAAUGAAAAAGUAUUCCUAUAUACGUUUAUUCUUCGUGAAAAGAAUUGUUUAUGACUGUAUAUCAUUGCUAUAUUUAUUAAAAUAUGCUUUAUGACAGGCUACGCAAAAUAAAUAUUGUCUCAUAGCUCAUAUCGUAGUUAAUAAUGCAAAAGCUGUGGUAAGCGUUGAAAAAGAUUGUGAAGAGAAUCUGCAUCUAGCGUUACUAGAUAUUGAUGAGAGUACCUAUAUUGCCAUAACAGAAGAUCUAUCGAAACAAAACUCGUGAUAUUAAUAUUAGGAGGAAUUUAAAGUGAGCGAGAAUUGAGGCCAAUCUCGAUAUAUGAUAUAUAAUUUCUCUGUAAAAACGGGCUAAAUUAAACAUACACGUUUUAUUUCAUAAUGUGCGCAGUGUUCAAGCACUGGAUAGUGAUGCUCCUUAUGUAUAUCAACCCUAAAGUCUCUAUUAACACACGUUUUACAUAUUAUACAGUGAUAGUUUCAUCCUCCCUUUUCACCUGUUUCGCACUUAAUUUUUAAUCUAUUUAAAGAAUAUUGACUAUAGGAAUAUUGAUUGAUGAUAAACAAUGCAGAAGUGCAGAAGUGCUUCGCAUUGUUAUUUUAACUAAAGUGUGAAAACGUGUGCGUGUCAAGGGUGAAACCAUUCCUUAAAGCACUAGUUCCUGGCUUUAGACGGAGUUUUAAUAAUAUAUUACUUGUUAAGAGGCUACAAUGAGACGUUAUAUUAAUACAGGAUUGAUCGAUUGUAUUCGAUGAUCAUUUAUAUAUAUAUAUAUAUAUAUAUAUAUAACGCUAUUUCCUAAUUUAUCUUGUGGGAGUUUAACAACACAGAGUGAAAGCGUUUGCAUCAAUUCUAGUUCUGGACCAAUAUUUAAUUGAAUACAAUAGUUAGGUGUGUUUAUGAAUUGUUAUUAAAGUUAGCGACUUUGUUUUUCUUUAUUUGUUUCAAAUGUUUUUAGAUUUUAUUUGCACGAGUGCCUUAAGAUACACUUAAGAUACACCUAACAGUAUUCGUUGUAUCGUGUUAUAUAUAUUAUAUAAAAAAAUUAUAUAUAAAGAUCUACAUACAUAUAUAUACACCAUAUAUAUAUAAUAGGUAAAUCUAUAUAUUUGUAGAUUCUUGAUCUAUGGAGCAUGUUUAUACGCGUGUACAUAAUUUUGUCUUAGUUAUUGGAGCAUAUACAUUGUCAACUAUAUAAUUUUUAAAUAGAUAAUAUAUUGAGAGAUGGAAAUGAGAAAUAUGUUACCAGUGAUUGAGAAAUCAGAAUUUUUUACAGAAAACAUACAAAAUGUUUUAAAGUUUAUUGUUGCUAUUGAAAAACAAGAUACAUAUUUUUGUCGCAAACACAUUGCGCAACACAUGUUUAAAACAAAAAUCUUUAGCGUUGUCAUACUGCCUCAUAUUAUAUCUGGUAUAAAAGCUAAUAAUUCUUUGCAUAAUCAGUACAAUAACCUGAUGCCAUAUUGGUUAUUUUAUUGCACUGAUGAAAAUGCUUGAUCACUAAUCAGAUAUAAUGAUUAUACUAUUACAGUAAUAUACGAAAAAAAUAUGAUAUAAAUUAUACUAAUAGCGACAAGAAGUUGUUAAUUUUAUGUAAAAUCUGCGAAAGAUUACAACAAUUCGUAUCUAAAAGAUUCCUAUAUAAAAUGCAUGUACAAAGUACGCAUACAUUUCAAAUAAUAUAUCAAGUGAACUUAAAAAUAUUGAUAGAGUAAUAUAAAAAAAAGUAUAUAAAAGAGCAUCCUAUAUAUAUAUAUAUAUAUAUAUAUAUAUAUAGAGAGAGAGAGAGAGAGAGAGAGAGAGAGAGAGAGAGAGAGAGAGAGAUGAUUAAAAUAUAAAAUCUGAUAUAAUGAAUCGUUGCAAAAUAAUUUUGUUUUUAUAUAUAUAUAUGUAUAAGAUAGUUACACAAAUAUCCUUGAUAAUUCUCGAGAUGAAUAUUGUUAUUAUUUGUUAUACAAAACUUAUUAUCAACAUUGAAAAUUAUUAGUUUGUGAAUAUCUCCGUAGUACAAACGUCAAAUGAUAAAAAAAAGUAUAUUAAUGUUACUAUACAUUGCAGUAAAUCAAAUCUAUAAAUAUUUUUAGAUUUAAAGAAAUAGAAUAAAUAUUUUAUAAAGUGUUAAUUACUUAUAAUGGUAUAUAGAUAUUGCGAAUAUACAUACAAUAAUAUAUACAAGUUCUGCUGCGUUAUGAUAUUUAAUAGAAAUCAUAAAAUGCUGCUGUGUUUAGUUUGUAUACUAUUAAUUAUAUUGGAAGAUAUAUAUGUACAAAAGUUAACGGUGCUCCCGUAACUAAGACUUGUUGUGUACGUAUAUCAUUGUUGUGUGCUCGAUGUGCCUAAAAUUUUAAAACGUUAUAUGCAUCACAAGUCCACAAAACAUAUAUGUAUAUUGGAAUUGAUGUACAUGGAAUAUUUUAUGAAUCUAUACAUCACUUGUACAUUGAAUAAGAAAAGUUCCUUGAACUAUGUACAGAUAUCAAUAUUGUACAUUAAAUCCGUACAUUGAUACGAUGCAGCAUGUAUUCUGCUAAGAGGAAAUUGACAAACCGAAGAACUCUUUUUAAAUGCCUCAUUCAGUAAGUUUAUUCGUAAUCGUGCCCCAGCUGUUUCAUGAAAGAAGACAGACAAUUGUAAUAAAGCGUCGUACCUGGGCAUUAUCAUCUGUGAAAUUUCCGAUUUCUACGCAUAAUUAUUACACGGCGAAUGCGUAUUCAAGCGAGUAUAAAUUCCUGUAUGAACUUAACAACUGAGAAAUGUUAAUCGCUCAGCCAAAGAUCCAACUAAAUUUUCGUCGCGCGGUAAGAAAUCGAAUUUUAUUACAUUUACCGAAUUUUAAUACACUUGAAGAAUCGAAUGACGAUAGCGGUAGAUUGGAUUUCUGACUUCCACUAAUAUAAAUCUGUGUAAGCUCAUGCAGGAGUGUCUCUAAAUCUUCGUUAGCUAAUUUGUGUAAUAUAUUUUAAUUAUAUUGAUGCAGAUCGCGAAUUAUUUGUACUGAAUUAUUUACCGAAACGUGUAUAUCUGUUUAUUACAUAUUUAUUGCCUUACAUUAUUUAUACAUGUGUGUAUAGCGCUCGAAUGAAUUAGAUUUUUGAGGUAUACGUUUGCUCUUUUGAAAUUUAUAUAUGUAUAUAUAUAUAUAUAUCAUUAAGAAGUUAUAUACGCAAAGUCCAAAAUUGAAAUGUGAAUAUUAAAUAAUUUAUUUCGUCUCAAGUUUUAAAUAUAAACGUUUUGCUUGUUACAUAUGAUUUUUUAAGUUGCUCGGGGUUCCUAUUCUGUAUACACUUUCUGCUUUUAACGUUUGUUGGUAUCGUUGUGCAGCUUUUUGCCAUAUAAAAUAUCUGUGUAAUGACACCUGACAACUGACGUUAAGAACAAAAAGCAUGUACAAAAUAAGAUCCUGGUAAUAAUUUUUAAAAAUAAAAACUGCAUUUGUUUUUUAUAUAGAAUUCAUCAAGAUUGAUGUGUGUUCUUUACAAACAUUAAGCACUAAAUUUUUAAUCUUAAAAUUGUGCAAAAUAAAGUCCUUUAUAUGUCUGAUAAAAUCCUAUUGAAUAAAACUAUAGUUACAUGUGUUACAUUUCUCGCUUAUGACUUCUAAUAUGACUUCUAACGUCAAAAACUAAUUUACACUUUGAAAGAGGAUUUAUAUCUCACGCAUAUCUUAUUAUAACUUGAGGUUUUGGGAUCAUAAUUAUAGAUUAUUAUUAAGUGACAUGUUUUGGAUUAAUCUCGAUGUACAAAAUUAUUCUUGUGAUCAAUUUAUAAAUUUGUGUGUGCAAUAUAUCGCUUUGCGCAUCGUGUGAAAAUUCGUACUUAUAUGAUUUUAAUUAAUUGGAAGAUACGCGUCUAGAAAUAUCCGGAUCUACAGACAGAGAUCAUCAUUUCUGCCUGAGGAUGUCGACGGAAACUGUAAACUGCGAGAAUUAACAAAUGCGCAAUUAUUCCACGAAUUUACAAUAGCGAAAUCUAAAUGUAGGGAUAUGAUGAGUUUUACGAUAUGUUAAUUUCUGUUAUAUUUACACGUACUUAGGCUAUGAAAGAUGUAUAAAGAGUUCAAGUUAUAGUCAGAGAAAAAUAAAAAGUGAAGUGUAUGAAGAAAAA